CGCCAGGGUGUAAAACGGAAACGCGCGUCCCGCUCCUGAAAUUGAAGAAAUCCAGAGCUUUGCAGUUUGAUGAUUAUUUUCGACAGAAAUGGCAUUUACACGAUUUCUAGAAUUACUCUUCUUCGUGUAUUUUGCAGUACACAUACCAGUUUCUAUCUUGUUCGACUCCCAGGCCAUAUUUCCUCGGCAGUGGUACCCAGACUUUUUGGUGACCCCUAAAUUGGAGUAUACUACUCAAUACAAAGAUGUUCUUUUUGCAGAGCUUCCCAUCUGGUAUAAAUCUUUCAUCUAUGUAGAGAUAUUCAUCCAGUUUCCAUUCUUCUUUGUAGCCGCUUAUGCAUUCUACAAAGGCAACUGCAAGUGGAUCCGGAUCCCUGCCAUUGUAUAUGGUGCUCAUACAGCAACCACAGUAAUACCAAUUGUAGCUGAGAUCUUUUUCAAUGAUUUUGCCAAUACCACCACCCCCGCCCCAAGUACCUUCCAGGAAAGGGCAACCCUUGUUGGGAUUUAUGCCCCAUUCCUUGUUGUUCCAUUCAUCUUGUUAUUCACCAUGCUCUUCAACACAGAUUACAUUGAUGGAGGAAGAGAUAGAAAACAAAAGGUUAAUUAAGCAAGGUUUAGUGUCUUAAUAGGAGAAGGAAAAUAACAAUAACAUUCCAUAAGUUCACAAACUGAUGGAUUUUGAGGAAAAAGUUCCUCUGAUUGUUCUUAUCAGUGCUUUUAUAAGAGCAGUAAUGAUGUUGGCAUAUUCUACAAAAAAAGAAAAAAGGGGAAAAAAAAAAUUUGACAAGUAGAUAGGUAUUAAGUUUGAACAAUCGGAAAGUUAUGAAUUUUUUAACUUGUAAAAAUUGGUCACCAUUAUACCCAUGGAGACUACAAACUGACCGUAGUGAUAAUGUCAGUGAUGUGAGGCAAGUAUUACUUUCAUUUACUCCAAGACAAAUAAUGGCUAAAAAAAAAAAUUCUUCAAAAAUUUUACUUCAAAUUAUCUUAUCUUUCAUUAGGAUAUAAAACGAUAAGCUACCUUUGUUAUAUUUUGAUUUCUGCCUCGGGUGAAUAGGUAUAGUAAUUGGGAGGAAACAACAAAUCCCUGACAAUUAAGCACAUGGCCUAUUGGAACGUUGCCCCUGCCACUUGUCAUAAUAUGAGAUUUACAUAGUCUUAAUAGGGAUUUCAAUUUCAUAACGGCCGUAACUUUCUUAUUGCUUGUCUGAUUUCUUUCAAACUUUCACCAUUCCGUUUUACUUAUUUUCUCCUCUCUCAUAUUAUUACAUAUGUGAGUUCCACCUUUAACUGAAUAUUAAUUGAGAGACCAAUUAUUCUGAAUGUAGGCGAAGUUCUCAUUAAUUCAAGCAUCACCUGAAUAAACUCUAAAUUUCCUGUAAUUUCCAUUGAUUUGAGUAGAAUGUUCUUGACGAAGCAUUGCAUUAUUGGUUAAAUAUUGAUCAAAUGAACUACACAAAUACAAUUUAUUGAAAUGUAUAUGUAUGAUGUGUUAUCACUACUUUAUUUUUCAUUUUUGUGAAAUGAAUAGAUGGACUCUUUCUUCCUGCCUUGUCAAAUAGUGACUAUAUAAUAAUAAUAUGUCCAUUUAUAUAGCGCAGUUACUAUGUGCAUAUACUCAACUGCGCUUUGAUACUUGGUAUCAUAUUAUUACCCCGGCCGUAGCUGAGCCGCCAUAUUAAUAGGCGCUCAAGCGUUCAAGGAAUAAAUCCUACUGGGUACCCAUUCACCUCACCUGGGUUGAGUGCAGCACAAUGUGGAUAAAUUUCUUGCCGAAGGAAAUUACGCCAUGGCUGGGAUUCGAACCCACGACCCUCUGUUUCAAAGUCCGGAGACUAAUCCACUGGGCCACAAUGCUCCAGGUAUACAUAUCUAUAUGUAUGUAUACAUAUAUAUAUAACCUUUUCCCAUUUUUUAUUUUGAAAUGCAACUAAAUUUGCAUAGGAGUCAUGUAAUUCGUUAAAACUAUCAUUUGAAAAAGAAAGCUCAUUUAGUUAGAUUUUUGUGUAGAUAUCAUAAAGUAGUUUUUUGUGUGUUUUGUUUUUGAUCUUGUGCAACAACAUUGUGGUUUAAACAGAAUUGUACAUUGAAAUUAAAAUAUUACAUGUACUUGCUUCUAGGAUCUUGUGGAUUAAGGGUCUCUCAAUUGGUACAAUUGUAGAAGCACUUGUUCCUUCCGUAAUUUUAUGAAUUGUUUUUUAUGAUUUGAAGUUGUAUACUACAAAUGCUGCUUAGAAAAAAUGAUUAGUUUUCAUUUGAAGGUAUAAAAUCAGGAUAACAAGGUAUUCAUGUGAAAGUUUUAAUUUUUUAUGGUAUAAGCACAGUGAGAGGGAAAAAAGCCAUUAUUAGGAAUUAUACUGGGAAUAUUGCCAUAUUGCAUAUUAUCGUAACUUACAUAUAGAAUCAGGGAUUUGAUAUUUCAGGGAUAUUUUCGUUUAUAAGUAUUCCCUUUUUUUAGAAAUAUUCCUUCAACAGGACUUUCGCUUUAUUUUGAGAAAAUUACAAGAUAAUAAUUUUAAAUGUUUCCUCCAUGUAUACAUGUAUUUGUGGAUGCAGUUUCAAAGUAUUCAUUUCUCUUCAAAAUGGAUGAUGCAAUAUUACUUCAUGAUUUCUCAACUUAACUAGUACGUUGUAUAUCAAUGUGAGUUGUAUGAAGACAGUCCAACUAUUUAGAUUACUACAAUUCUAAUUAAUUUUCAUCAUCACCACCACCACCACCAUCAUCACCAUCACCAAAUCAUAAUCAUCAUCACCAUAUAUCAUUAACAUCAUCAGUCAUCGUCAUCAGUUCCUAAUUAUCAUCGUCAUCAUUCAUCACUAUUGGAUUAUUCCCACCGGUAUUUGUGUAAUUUUUUUAUACCAUAAAUACAUGUACUUCUAUCGAUUUUGAAAAUCAUAUCUGAUAAUCAGAUUUCAUCUCAGUGUUUAUGCUUGUGCACAUUUUCUCUUAUUAAAUCAGAAAAAAAUUCA